AUAGCCCAAACCGCACGGAAACCCCUACCAAUGCAUUGACAGCCUCUCCAAAGAAAGAAAUGAGGCAGUCAGGACGAGGGGCCAAACGCCUUAUCUUCGAGACCAUAUCGCCUCAGCAGCUGCCGCACGGCAGCCACGGUGACAGGGAACCGCUCAUCGACAGUCACCUCGCCGCCCACCUCCACCUCGGUCGUCCUGAUGACGAUGCGCCCACGGACGACGGAGACGGCGGCCACCACAGACGCGCCACCGAGCAGCAAGACCACGAUGCCGCUUCGUACUCCCAUCAUAUCUUCCUGCCAAUCUUCCUGCCAGUCGAUGACGGAUAUGUCAGAUCCGUCGAUCCAAGAAGCUGACAGAGCCCCGUAGCGGGCAGGUCCCCCAAUCAACACGUCGACGUCCAGAACUUCAGUCAUGCGGGAAGAAACCUCGUCAAACUGCAGCAGCGUGUCGAGGGCAAACGCGCUGAAUGAAGGGUAGACUGGGCGGUGUGACGUGCUGCAGCUGAUGGGCGGGUCAGUGGGGCGAUAUAUCGGCCGAAUAAAAGGCCGCAGCCGCCACAACUCGUCCCCAUCGAUAACGCGGAGCCGCCGCACGCCGAUUUGAUACCAUUGCACCAGUCUCGUCCGUCGGUAAAUCAAGGAGGCGACAGCCCAUCCACGGUGGCAGGCCGCGCUCACAAAAAUGGGCUCAAGGCAAUAAGCUAACAUGCAGAGCAGAAACCAGCCAAGUCCGCGCCACUCAGCAUCCUGGGCUUUGGCGACGAGGAAGUAAUACAAAGCCAACGGGAUGCCCACGACACCACAGCCGCACACCAGCAGAUAGAUGUUUUCGAGUGCCCGAGGCGGGACGCGGCCCAGCAGGUUGGCCGGCAGGACCCACAAGUCUGUAUCCUCCUGGUCGCCCUCGGUCAGCUGCAGGGGUGGGCUGAUGCUUUGAAGCCCACACCCCACCAGACCGCCAAAUAUCUUGUAGACGGUCAUGGCAGCAGGCAGCCGAUGCAAAGUCGCCAUGUCGGGCACGUGAGCCGCCACACUCUCGGCCGACAGCAGCACAGGCAGCUGGCCAGCCACACCGCAGGCACCUGCCACCCUGAUAAAUGUGGCCAUAUGGCGCCACUCGGCCGCCCGCUCGAUGACGUAGGCACACCGAGCGAGAUACCCAAAUCGCGAGAGGGAUGACGGGAGGGGAGGGGCCGAGGGGUCAACGCCGCGGUCCCUCUCCACAUCGAGGAGGCCGGGGAGCUGCUGCUGGGCCAGGGAGCUGUUGAUGCGACGCAGCAGGAACGCCUCAUCGAUCAGCUGAGUGCCGUAGGCCUUGCCGACCGCCCGGGCCCUCAAAGCAUCGUCGACAGUGAGAAAGGAAGCGAACACACGGGCCAAGACGUCAGCAGGAAGCCCUUGAUGGUCAGCAGUGUCAUGAGUCGCGACGACCGAUAGCAAAUGCUGGCUGAUGGACGAGGGGUCGCCAACCGCCACUCGUCGGUAAGAAUAGCUACGGUGCCGUCGCUUGGGCAGCAGCCAGCUCAUCGUUGUUGCGCCCGAUGUGCG